GUCAGCGCUCUCAGGAGGCCGACAAACCUCACAGAAGAAAGGGAGAGAGAAAAUACAGCUGUGAUGAGUGUGGGAAGUCUUUCAUACACAUGAGUAGCCUAAAAAGACACCUUGUCUUCCACAGUGACAUUAAACCAUACAGCUGUGAUCAGUGUGGGAAGAGUUUCACCCAGAAAAGCAGCUUGAGCAUGCAUAAAUUCAUCCACAGCAUUAAACCAUACAGGUGCGACGUGUGUGGAAGGUCUUAUACUCGAUCUGGACAUUUAAAAAGUCAUCAAGUCAUCCACAGUGGAGUGAAACCAUUCAAGUGUGACUUGUGUGGAAAGUCUUAUACUCAAGCUGGACAUUUAAAAAAUCACAAAGUCAUCCACAGUGGAGUGAAACCAUUCAGGUGUGACUUGUGUGGAAAGUCUUUCACUGAGAUGAAGAGCCUAAAACGACACGAAGUCUUCCACACCGGAGCUAAACCAUUCAGCUGUGAUCAGUGUGGGAAGUGUUUCACCCGCAAAGAAGGCUUGGAAAAUCACAAGCUCAUCCACAGCGGACUUAAACCAUACAGCUGUGAUCAGUGUGGCAGAGCUUUUACUUGCAGGAAAAAUUUAUGGAUUCAUCAAAUUACCCACUCUGGAAUAAAGCUAUACAGCUGUGACGUUUGUGGAAAAACGUUUAGUCAUCUGGGGAGCCGAAAUAAACAUCUGCGCAUUCACACCGGGCAGGAUGUGUGCUGCUGUGAUCUGUGUGGCAAACGCUUUGUUACAUACAGCAACUUACAAAUCCACAAACUUACCCACACUGAGGAGAGACCUUAUAAAUGUGAGCUGUGUGAUAAGGCUUACAAAGCUCCAAAUUCCCUGAAAGUGCACCAGAAGAGUCACACCAGAAAGAGACUGUACAAGUGCAGUUACUGUGACAGGCAGAGCGACACAGAUGGAUCCAGUUCUCAGCCCUGUUGUCACUGUGGUGCUGUGAAACCGUUUUGUUGUGACCUUUGUGGAAAAGCUUACAAGAAGAAAAAAGGCCUGAUAUGGCAUCAGCGUAGACACACUGGACAAAGACUGAACUACUGCAAACAGUGUGGGAAAGGCUUCCCCACUCCAAGUGCAUUAAAGCAACAUGAACUCUUCCACAAUGGUGUGAGAGAGCACGUUUGUGACCAGUGUGGGUCAUCCUUCAUCACUACAGGUGACCUUAAAGUGCAUAAACGCGUCCACACAGGAGAGAAACCAUACAAAUGCAGCCACUGUAACAAAAGCUUCUCACACUCAAGUAAUCGUAACAUUCACGAACGUGCACAUGAGGAAGACAACUACAUGGUUUAUCAGCAUGAUCUUGCAGAACUGAAAUCACUGGAUCACAAUGACUCUGAAGAGACAGAAAGAUCCUCUUCUGGUUUCAGGGUUGGACUUAAAAACCUUGAGAUCAGGCUCCACAGAGUUCAGAUGGAGUCUCCUGUAAAGAGUGUCAGCUGAUGUCACACUUGGAUCUGAUGAGCUAGCUCUGAACCCUGAAUCUUAAAUUAAAUUUCAGCUGAAAACGGCAUAUCCAGAAGAACAGAAUAUACUCAAUGAUUGAGCAUGCAUCCAGACACUACUGUCUGUACUUUAUUCUAUUUCUGUUGCUUGUGGGUCUCAGUGAAGAUGUCCACGAAUGCCUCAUGUUCAUCAAACUAACUAAUACUAAAACUAAGGAUAUUUCCUCUGUAUUGUUAUUGUUAUUAAGUGCUCUAUGGCAGAGAAGAGGGCUCCACUGAGGGCGGUGAAGGCUUCCCAGAGCGUCGUUGGCAGCAGCGUCCCCGCCACAGCAGACACGCACACCGACUGUUCUUCCUACACUGUAAACAUGCUUCUUCUUAUACUGUAAAUACUCUAUGUGGAAGUUGAGUGCAGAGCUCACUCGAUGUAAAUGCAUGUGCUGGAAUGACAAUAAACACCUUAAACCCA